CAACCUUAAAAGUGAUCAGCGUCGCGCAGUGCGCAACGACGAUUCUGCCACGCACGACUCACGCACAAAACGAACCGCGUGACGAAGAAGACAAGGCGAGAGGUGAGACAAGACAGAACGAUCCUCGACGAAAGUGCUGGACAAUGUAUGGUGUACACAUACUCGUUCGUAUUAUUCAUCCCGAAUGACUCGGCCAAUCAGUCGAUCGAAUCGCGCCCUCAAUGUCGUAGAGAAAAAUAUUUCAUUUUCGCCAGUCGAUUGAAGAGCACUCCGCGUCGCGAAAGACCAGCGUAUCCGCGAGAGAACACGGACAAUUGAGAGUGAGAAGAUAAAGUGCGAAACGCAACUAGCAGAAUGGUUAUCCAAUUCACCAAGAGACAAUGGCUCACCCUCAUCGUCAUCAGCAUCGCCGACUUCGCGAACGCUAUCUGUGUGUCGCUGCAGGCGCCUUUCUACCCGCAGGAGGCGGAGAAAAAGGGCGCGUCGCCGUCGGAAUAUGGCUUGGUCUUCGGUAUCUUUGAGUUGGUGGUCUUCAUCAUGAGCCCGCUCUACGGACAACACCUCAAUCGAAUCGGACCAAAGAUAUUGUUCAACGGCGGCAUCUUGACCACCGCGACAUGCGCCAUAUUUUUCGGUCUGUUGGACAAAGUCAACGGCCACUAUCCUUUUAUAAUUCUGUCCUUCGUGAUCAGGAUUAUAGAAGCGAUGGGAAACGGCGCGUUCUUGACGGCCAGCUUCGCCAUCAUCGCCAUGGAAUUUCCCGACAAUGUCGCUACAACAUUCGCCAGUUUGGAGACCUUUUUCGGCCUGGGUCUCAUCGUGGGUCCCACCGUAGGUGGUGCACUCUAUCAGGUCGGUGGAUACACGACCCCGUUCGUGGUGCUCGGAUCGGCAUUGUUCUUGGCAGCUGUCAUGACCGCGUUCGUCCUACCAGUUCACAACGACCAUGAACAAGAUGACCGCAACACCGGAGGGGUGAGAAAACUCCUCAAGAUUCCCGGCGUGCUGAUUGCGUCCAUGUCGAUAAUCGCGACGAGCGUGAGCAUCGGAUUCCUACAAGCGACCUUGGAACCGCACUUGAGGCAAUUCAACCUGAGCCCAGUAGUACUGGGCCUAAUGUUCGUCAUCAACGGUGGCACGUACGCAUUGGCCGCGCCAGUCUGGGGUUGGCUUUGCGACAAACACUCACACCCCAAGGUGGCAACUGUCGCUGGUUGUAUCUUGGUGAUGAUCGGAUUCUCUUUGAUCGGCCCAGCACCGUUCAUCCCGUUGCCCACUACAAUAUGGGUAACCAUUUGCGGCCUUGUGAUACACGGCUUAGGCAUGGCAGCACAACUGGUUGCCAGUUUCACCGACGCCUUAAGGACAUCCGUCUCCUAUGGACUCCCGAACAAUAUCGAGACUUACGGCCUAGUUAGUGGAUUAUGGACGAGUACUUUCGCCUUGGGCGCCUUCAUCGGCCCUAGCGUCGCUGGAAUUCUAUUGGACAACAUCGGUUUCAGAAACGGUUCCAUGUUCAUCAUCUUGCUUCACAUGCUAGUGGCCGUGAUAGCUGGGCUCUACUUGAGCUGCUCUCGUAAACCCAAGCCAUAUACCGAAGUUGGCACCGACGAUGAUCCCAGGACACUGUUGACGGACAGCAGCCGCUCGAGGAGCGGCAGUUCGCGUCACGGCGGACGGGGCCAAGGUGUGCCGAUCGACAAACCCAACGGCAUGAAUUCCCUGUUCGCGUGCAACAGCUACUCGAACAGGGCCGGAGCAUGGUCUAGGGCAUCGUACAGCGGCCGGUACUCGCACAGCUACGGCUCUAUAGAGACCAAGCGAUACUUGGAGAUGACCACGUGAUAGCACCGAACCGAUCAUAUCCUCUCACACCUCGACGUAACAAUGCAAACUCGACACAAAGACGCGGAGCAGAAGAUCUCGUGCGAACGAAUUAGAGGACUUCAACUUUCCGUUCUCAUCGAUCCCUCACACCGAUGAUGACCAGCCGAGAGGCGGCUCGGUCUUCGCGAUUCGCGUACGCGGAAGACUAAGAGUCAUUGCCGUUUCAUUCGCCGACCAACGGGGAUCAGUCGUCGAGAUUUGCAGCAGACAACUAUUCGGACGUUUCACGCGGACGGUCGACAAACUGUAUCUAAAGUUAAUAGUUAGAACUGAUGUAUGUAUAUAUAUAUAUGUGUAUAUAUGUAUAUAUAUAUAUGUAUAUGUGUGUGUGAGCGUAAAGCAUGUAACUAGCAGUCAUAUCUGCAGCAUGAUACUUUUAUCGCGAAUACCAUAAAGCGGAAUAUCGGUCGUAGAGGUAGUAAAAUAUGAAUGGAUUAUAAUGAAUUACAACGGCCGUGCCGGUUCCUUCCACUGUUACGUCGUCGAUUUACAUAGGCGCGAGUGCAAACGCACGACUCGUAUUUUUAUCUGAGUUUAGUGUAAGUCUUGUGAAUAUCAGAUUAUACUCGAUGGGUGCUAUUCAGAGACAAAACGACUUUAGCUUAGACGUAAUCCAACAAUAGCGUAAGAAGAGACUAACGACAUUUGUAUUCAGAGACACUCUCUUAUGAUUUGGUCUUGUAUUAAACACAGCUUAAACUACCCGGAGGGGUAGUAGUCUAAGGUUGAUUUAACCUUUUAACUGCGGGGCGUAUACGCCCUGAUAUAUCCGUUGAUAUAUCAUCAAGAAUUCCCUUGUAACAUUCUCACUUGGCCUUACUCGUGUUCGUGUCCGUACAUCUUCUCUCGAUAAUGUUCUUUCUUCUUAAUAUCAAAUCCGUCAGGAAGCUUUUCUCCUCUGCGGUCUAAAUGAUUCUUCUGCUUUGUUUUAUUUUAUUAAAUCUAUUGAAAUCUAUUGAAUUUAUUUAUCUAUUGAAUUUAUUGAAUCUAUGGUAUCUAUUAAAAGUAAUUUUACUGUCACUGAAUUAAGAAAAAAAGGUUUCACAAUUAUAAACACAAACCUCAAGAGUUGCGGUUUGUUGACAAUUCGCCGGUGAUUGCAUUUCAUUGGCUAUGAAGUACCUGAAAAUAAGCAAUUAAAUAAAAGAUCCUGCUGCGAGUAUCGCCCGAAGGAUCCGAAUAUUCUUAGUGCGGAUACCAAAUUUAAAGCAUUCUGGGAGAAUGUCUCUGAAUAACAUAAUUAGUUAAUUCAUCGUUAAUUAAUGGAUAGAAUAGAUUAUCAAAGGCUUAACUUAUAAGGCAGGACUAAAAUAAAAUUAUUAUGGUUUUACACGCUGCCUCUGAAUAACACGCCAUGAAGAUACAAGUGUAUCUUUCAGCAGCGACGUUCACAUUCCCAUCCACGAAAAUGCAACAACUUGUCACGAAGGCAGAGUCAAUCGCGAUAUUUCGGUGCAAAGACUCGCGAUCGUGAAUUCUCUCCUCCAGCGGGGGGACUUGUAGGAGAUGAAAAUUUGUUCACUCAGUUUACGCUGGAGCAAAAGACACACACGUAUAAUCGCCAUACAGAACAUGCGGUAUUGCGAACAGUCAAGGGCGCGAACACUCAAGGAGCAGAAUUACAAGCGAUAUCCGGCGCAGGAGUGCGAUAGGAAGAGACGAGAUACGCGCCACGACUAGGCGAUAGACGACUAGAACGCAA